UUCAAGUCGUCCGGUCAGUGCAGGAAAUUCGGCUGGAGAGUGGGGGAAGAAAGUCUUCUUUAUGCAAGUAGGCAAAGGCCGGCCGACAUUUAAAAGCCUCACAAUCAGAAUAGUUCUGGACGCUGCAGAACCGGUUCAUUCGUGGAAGUUGCGCUGUGCUGCGUGGACAACAUGAGUUCACCGCGGAGACCUCGCGGGUGCGGGUGGGCACUGCUCGCGCUGGCGGUUUUCUGUCAGCGGUGUUGUGAAAGUUGCCCCGAGAAGGACUUGGAGAAAAGAGAAGAGGAGGCUAAUAUAGUUCUGACCGGCACCGUAGAAGAGAUUAUGAACAUGGACCCAGUACACAAUACGUACUCUUGCAAGGUGAGGGUGUGGCGGUACUUAAAAGGGAAGACCAAAGUCGGUAGCAACAUUCUCCUGGAUGGUGGCAACAAGGUGAUGAUCGGCGGCUUCGGUGACCCUGGCAUCUGCGACAACCAGGUGGCUACAGGUGACACCCGCAUAUUCUUUCUCAACCUGGCUCCAGACUUCAUGUGGCCAGCGCACAAGAACGAGCUGAUGCUUAAUUCCAGUCUGAUGAGGAUCACCCUGCGCAACCUCGAGGAUGUGGAGCACUGUGUGGAAGACAAACCUCCUCACUUCACGCCAGCCCAGCCUCCUGAUGGCUGCAGAGGGAUGCUGUGUGGUUUCGGUGCAGUGUGUGAGCGUGACCCAGCUGACCCAAGCAAGGCUGAGUGUGUGUGUAAAAGGAUGGUUUGUCCAUCCGUGGUGGCACCAGUGUGUGGCUCAGACUCGUCCACCUACUCCAACGAGUGUGAGCUGGAGAAGGCCCAGUGCAACACACAGAGACGCAUCAAGGUGCUGCGCAAGGGACCCUGCUCGGCGAAAGACCCCUGCACGGAGGUAACCUGUACCUUCGGCAGCACUUGUGUUCAGUCAUCUGAUGGCCUGUCAGCCAAGUGCAUGUGUCCGUUAGGCUGUGAGGGCAAGCCCCGGCAGAUAGUGUGUGGCAGUAACGGGCAUGACUAUCGCAAUGAGUGUGAGCUCCACCAGCAUGCCUGCAAGAACCAGAAGAACAUCCACGUGCAGUACCAAGGGCCCUGCGACCCCUGUAAAAACAGCGAGAACAGUCUGAAUGUACUGUGUCGGGUUGAGGCUCAUACUCGUCAGCCACUUGUCUUCAAGUCACCAGAGGACUGCCCUGCAGGCGGGGACCUGCUGUGCGCCAGUGACGGGCAGGCCUAUGCCAGCGAGUGUGCCAUGACCCGCACAGGCAUGCUGAAGGGCAUCAAGCUAAGGAAGCUCCACGUAGGCCAUUGCAAGAAGCAAGAGGAGUGCAACAAGGACUGUCCAUUCAGUGGAGUGUGCCUGGUGGACACGCUGGGUGCACGCUGCUCCUGCGAGCCCAUACAGUGCGAUGGCACCUAUAAGCCCUUGUGUGGCAAGGACGGGCGUACCUACGCCAACGACUGUGAGCGCCGUAAGGCUGAGUGCCAUGCCAAAGCCCACAUCAUCAUCAAGCAGCAAGGGCCAUGCGAUCUGCAUGUGCCCAGCCCAUGCCUGGAGAAGGUGUGCCAGCACGGCGCUGUGUGUGUGGUGAAGAACGGUGAGCCUGUGUGUGAAUGCCCUGAGGUGUGCCCACAGAUGCUAGAUGCAGUGUGUGGAAGUGAUGGACACAGCUACAGUAACCCCUGUGAAAUGCGGGCCAUGGCCUGUGCAAUGCAGCGGGCCAUCCAAAUCCAACACAAAGGACCCUGUGAUGAGGCUUGUGCCAAUUGUUCCUACGGGGCAAUCUGUGAUGCCCAGACAGGGCAGUGUGUGUGUCCGUCUGAGUGUGUGGAAUCCCACCAGCCAGUGUGUGGCAGUGACGGCACCACCUAUAACAGUGAGUGUGAGCUGCAUGUGCACUCAUGCAAAGAGCAAGUGGACCUGCGCGUGGUCAGCCAUGGAGACUGCAAAACCUGUGGCGGUGUUGUCUGUGCCUGGGGUGCCCGUUGUGUCCAGAACAAGUGUGCAUGUCCACAGUGCUCUGGCCAGGCCUUCUCUCCUGUGUGUGGAAGCGAUGGCAACAGCUACGAUAAUGAGUGUGAGCUACGCGUGGCGGCUUGCAUCUUAAAGAAGAACAUUGAAAUUGCGAAGCAUGGCAGCUGUGAUGAAGACUGUGGCUCCGGAGGAUCAGGGUCAGGUGUUGAGAGCUGUGAACAGGACCGAUGUCGAAUGUUUGGUGGCUCGUGGGAUGAGGAUGCUGAGGAUGAGCGCUGCAUCUGUGACUUCAGCUGCCAAAGCGUGCCUCGCAACCUGGUGUGCGGUUCAGAUGGACACGUGUACAGCAACGAGUGUGAGCUGAAGAAGGCUCGCUGUGAGAAAAAAGACCACUUGUUGAUCCAGAACCAGGGACCCUGCACAGGUCCGGAGACCCCAGCUUCAUGCGAUGAGUUGGAGUGCAGUUUCGGAGCCUCCUGUGUUGAGCUCAAUGGCCAAGCCCACUGCGAGUGCCCUUCGCCUGACUGUAAUGUGAAAAACAAGACUAAGGUAUGCGGCUCGGAUGGGGUGACCUAUGCCGACCAGUGCCAGUUGAGGACGAUAGCCUGUCGGCAGGACAAGGACAUAACAAUAGAAUACUUGGGCCAGUGCACAGAAACCAUCACUGCGCCAGCUGACCGACCCACUCCCAGUCACCCUACCACCACUCCCUACUCAGCUACCGCUGCUACCAUUACCACCCCCUCCCCCAAACUGGUGGAUGCCAUCCCGCCCCCCAAGACCACCAAGGUGGGACCCUCGACCACCAACCAGCCACCCACCACCACACACCGCCACCACACCACUUACAUCAAGCCUCAGCCGACGCAGACCACCUACCCCCAUAGCGGUGCUAAGCCCUCUUCUCCAGCCACCACUUUCGAGGACUCUGGCAGCGGGGAGCCCAGUGGAGAUGAGCCGGGUGAGGAAGAGGAAGAUGAGAGGGGUAGUGGUGUCCCCACAGAGGCCAGUGGAGGAGAGGAUCCUGCCGGUCCCACGGUGGCAACCACCACCAUACCCACAGCCGAGGACAGAUCGUCCUGUGACAACACACCCUUCGGCUGCUGCCCUGACGGCAAGACGGCCUCCAGCACCGCAGAGGGCGCCAACUGCCCCUCUACAAUGAGGUUCAGUGGAUUACUGUAUUUGGACCAGAUGGAGGGUCAAGAGGUCUUCUAUACCCCUGAGAUGGAGGACCCGAAGUCAGAGCUUUUUGGAGAAACAGCCCGCAGCAUAGAGAGCGCUCUCAAUGAGUUAUUCAGGAAGUCAGAGGUGCAGAAAGACUUCAUGAGUGUGCGUGUCCGCAACCUGGCACCUAGCAACUCCAUCCUGGUCUUUGUGGAGGCCCACUUCAAACCAGAUACCAAGUAUUCAGUGGAGGACAUCGUCCAAGGCCUUCUGAAACAGCUAAAGGCCACCAAGGACACAAGCAUCACUGUGAAGAAGCCCGAGGAGGAUAAUAUUCGCUUCACUAACUAUGGCCUGUCUUCCAUCCCUUUCUUUACCACAGCUACCACCACAAUGGCCUCAGUCACCACACCCACCAAGCUGCCACCAACAAGCCCAUAUAUCACCCGCCGGCCACUGGGCACCACCCAUCGUCCUAACAACAGACGCACAACCAUGGCCAACCCACUAAACACUGUGUUCCUAACCACCACUGCCGUUUCCAGAGCCACUGUCUCUCCAACCACCAGCAGCACCACCCAUGUCAGAAUCAAGCCCAGCUACACCAAGGCCCAGAGGCCAUGCGACUCCCACCCCUGUCUCCACGGAGGAAGCUGUGAAGAUGACCGAACUGACUUCACCUGCAUUUGCCCCGCUGGCCGAGGGGGCUCUGUUUGUGAAAAGGUGAUCAAGUACUUCGUCCCAUCAUUUGGCGGUAAGUCCUAUCUGGCCUUCUCCACCAUGAGAGCCUACCACACCGUGCGUAUUGCCAUGGAGUUCAGGGCUGCCGAGUUGACCGGCAUCCUGCUCUACAACGGCCAGGACAGCAAGAAGGACUUCCUCUCCCUCGCCCUAGUCAACAGCAAGGUGGAGCUCAGAUUUAACACUGGAUCCGGCACAGGCACAGUGGUCAGCACGGUAGCAGUCAAGCAAGGCCACUGGCACCAGUUGGUGGUGACCCGCAAUCGGCGCAAUGCUAUGCUGAGCGUAGACAACGAGACACAUGUGGAGGGAGAGAGUCCACGUGGGACAGAUGGCCUCAACCUGGACACUGACUUGUUUGUUGGAGGAGUCCCUGAUGACAUGUUGCACGAUGUCCGAGAGAGGACAGCGGUGGCCACGGGCCUGGUGGGCUGCAUCCGCCUCUUGGAUGUCAACAACCGCCUGUACAAUCUGCAAGAGAAUGAGGGUGACGUUCUUUAUGGCAGCGGUGUAGGCGAGUGUGGCAACAACCCAUGCCAACCCAAUCCAUGCAAGAAUGGAGCAGCAUGCCAGGUCAAAGAGGCAGAGAUGUUCCACUGCAAGUGCACUGAUGGCUUCUGGGGCCCAACUUGUGCUGACAUCCAUGACCCAUGCAAGCCCAGCAGGUGCCAUCCUUCCUCCCAGUGCCAGGUGCUGCCUGAGGGAGGUUACAAGUGUGAAUGCCCCAUGGGGCGUGAAGGAAACCACUGUGAAAAAGUGGCUGAGAGGAGGGGGGCUUACAUGCCGUCGUUCAGUGGGGAUUCUUACCUGGAGCUGAAGGGGCUGCAUCUCUACGGGCACGAUCUGCAUCAAAAGGUUAGCAUAACGGUCGUUCUCAUGGCCAAUGACUCCAACGGUUUGAUCUUCUACAAUGGUCAGAAGACAGAUGGCAAAGGAGACUUCAUCUCUCUGUUGCUUAACAACGGCAUCCUGGAGUUCCGUUACGACCUGGGCAAGGGACCUGCUGUCAUCAGGAGUAGGGAGAAGUUGAAGUUGAAUGUGUGGAACACCAUCAACCUGGAGCGCUCCAACCGAAAAGGAGAGAUCAUGGUAAACGAGAAGGACCCUGUUCGAGGAGAGUCUCCGAACCAGCACACAGCUCUGAACCUGAAAGAGUCUCUGUAUGUGGGCGGAGCCCCUGACUUCAGCCAGCUAGCAAGAGCUGCUGCACUCAAGGAUGGCUUCCAGGGAACCAUCCAGAAGAUCACCCUAAUGGGCACACCCAUCCUCAGGCAGGAGAACGCCCUGCAUUCCAGUAAUGUGGCCAUGUUCCAGGGCCACCAGUGCUCUCAAGAGCCCUGCCACAAUGGCGGGCGCUGCAGCCCUCAGCUGGACAGCUACGAGUGUGUGUGCCUCAGCGGCUUCUCGGGGGGACACUGUCAGAAUGCCAUUUUUGAGAAGUCCGCUGGAGAGAUAGAAGCUAUCGCCUUUGAUGGCCAGACAUUCAUCGAGUAUCACAACGCCGUUACAAGGAGUGAGAAAGCUCUUCUGGUAAAUAAAUUUGAGCUGAGCAUCCGGACAGAAGCUACCCAAGGCUUGGUGCUGUGGAGUGGAAAAGGCAUGGAGCGCUCAGACUACAUUGCACUAGCUAUUGUGGAUGGUCGAGUCCAGAUGACCUAUGACCUGGGCUCAAACCCUGUGGUGCUGCGCUCCUCGAUGCGAGUUGAUACUAACCGCUGGAUCCACAUCAAGGCCAGCAGAGCACUUAGGGAUGGCUCCCUGCAGGUGGGCAACGAGGCAGCGGUAACAGGUUCAUCCCCCCUGGCAGCAACGCAGCUGGACACUGACGGAGCGCUCUGGUUGGGAGGUCUGGAGGAGCUAGCAGUGGCACGCCGGCUACCCAAGGCCUACAGCACCAGCUUUGUGGGCUGCAUUAAAGACGUGGUGGUGGAUGGUGUAGAGCUUCACCUGGUGGAGGAUGCCUUAAACAGCCCCAAAAUCUUACACUGUUCUGCUGCCAAAUAGCCCAGCAAAGAAGGAUAAUCACGUGUGAAAAAGACACCCCAUCCCCUCCAUAGCGCUCAUGUCUCCUGCUGUAAUUAUUUUCUAUUUUUGUAUACUUUUCAUCACUUUUUAUAUUGGAACGAAAAUUAAUGUUUUGGUUUUAUAUAUUUUGUUUGGUGUUGUUUUAUAAAUCUGCUCCUCCCCUCUCUCCGUACUCGUCCCCCUUCUUUGCCUCAUCUUCCUUGAAAACCAGGUGUGCAUUAUCUCUGUGGCCAGUGAACAAGAAAUAUUGUGUUCUGUCAAUUUCGUUUGCUUAGAACAACUGCACACAAGCCUGCUCCUCUUCCCCGCUCACUAUUUGGAUGUUGGUGAACCUGGUUACAGCCUUGUCUUGGUGCCAUAUCUCCUGUCAACAUUCCCCCAUCAUUACUCAUACAUGCACUCACAUAUAUACACGUUUCCCUGCGAGAGCCAGGAUGUAGUCAGCUGCACACCACCGAUAUAUAUAUAUAGAGUCAAGAAACUCAGCAAGCCUUAGCAGCCCAUCCUGUUUUCCUCAUGGGAAUUUCUGGACUUCAGUCAAGCUGAUACAAAUGAGAACAUUUACCUUUCAAUCUCCUCUGUUAACCCCAUCACAAGUGUAACACAUCCUGGAUUAGGGAUCUAUUGGUUUUGAAAUAUGCCUCACUAACAGCACCGCAAUAACACGCAUCAAUCAAGAUAUUAAUUACAGAUAUUAAUAAAUGUAAUAAACCUAAAAUGUAUAGAUAAUACCUAAAACUGUGAAUAUGUAAGAUGGGCGUUGUUGGGAGAGUAGUUCUUCUCAUUUCCUAUACAUUCUAUUUUAUAAUGACCAGAUUAACUGACCACUAUAUUGUAUGACCACUAUAAAUGCAUGCACUUAUGCAGUGUUUUCUUCCUUUUUUGGGAACAUUUUUUGUUUAUGUAUUUUGUUCAAAAACAUUUUAAGUCUGAGACUGUGCUAGUGCAUAUUAUUUGUAUUGACUUCAGGUUCAGUUGUAAUUUCAGAAACUACAAAGCAAGAAAAAUAUUUUUCUUUCUCAUCUUUGGACAGACUUGUGUUUCUCUAGGAGCAGUUAGUGUAGCUGGGCACUAAGAUGUGAGUAAGAGCUGCUACCAUGAUGAGCUUGGUAAGAUGUGAGUAGAGCUGCUACCAUGAUGAGCUUGGUAAGAUGUGAGUAGAGCUGCUACCAUGAUGAGCUUGGUAAGAUGUGAGUAGAGCUGCUACCAUGAUGAGCUUGGUAAGAUGUGAGUAGAGCUGCUACCAUGAUGAGCUUGGUAAGAUGUGAGUAAGAGUUGCUAUCAUGGUGAGCUUUGUAAGAUGUGAGUAAGAGUUGCUAUCAUGAUGAGCUUGGUAAGAUGUGCGUAAGAGCUGCUACCAUGAUGAGCUUGGUAAGAUAUGAGUAGAGCUGCUACCAUGAUGAGCUUGGUAAGAUGUGAGUAGAGCUGCUACCAUGAUGAGCUUGGUAAGAUAUGAGUAGAGCUGCUACCAUGAUGCGCUUGAGAAGAUGUGAGUACAGCUGCUACCAUGAUGAGCUUGGUAAGAUAUGAGUAGAGCUGCUACCAUGAUGAGCUUGAGAAGAUGUGAGUACAGCUGCUAUCAUGAUGAGCUUGGUAAGAUGUGACUAGAUCUGCUACCAUGAUGAGCUUGGAAGAUGUGAGUAAGAGCUGCUAUCAUGAUGAGUUUGAGAAGAUGUAAGCAAGAGCUGCUACCAUGAUGAGCUUGGUAAGACGUGAGUGAGAGCUACUACCGUGAUGAGCUUGGUAAGACGUGAGUAAGAGCUGCUACCAUGAUGAGCUUGGUAAGACGUGAGUAAGAGCUGCUAUCAUGAUGAGCUUGGUAAGAUGUGAGUAAGAGCUGCUAUCAUGGUGAGCUUGAGAAGAUGUGAGUAACAGCUACUAUCAUAAUGAGCUUGAGAAGAUGUGAGUAAGAGCUGCUAUCAUGGUGAGCUUGAGAAGAUGUGAGUAAGAGCUGCUACCAUGAUAAGCUUGAGAAGAUGUGAGUAAGAGCUGCUACCAUGAUAAGCUUGAGAAGAUGUGAGUAAGAGCUGCUACCAUGAUGAGCUUGGGGUGGUGCUAACAAACACUAAAGUAACAAGAGUCAGAAAGAGGACAAAUAGAAACUAUAUCAUGGGCAGAAUAAGAACUAUGGAGGAUAUGUUUUUUCAGCCAACAGUGAACAAAACAAUCUCCAAGCUUCACAGACUUUGUCCAAAACUAAUUCUUUUUUUCUCAUGUUUUAUGAACAACCAGAAAUUAAAUGCCUUGCAUUAUGUGAGAAUUCUCUCAGCUGUUAAGAGAAGAACAUUGUGAUAUUGAUGUGACGUUUGCAUCCAUAGGGUCAAAUGGAAAUAGGUGCAUUACCACACUCACAAAUGAACAUAAUAAUGCAUGGGUUUGUAUCAUCAAGAAUUCUGUACCAAUACAGAUUUGUAUUUUCUUAACUAUGAUAAAUUGUGUUGACUGUCUUACAUUUUCGUUUUGACUUAAGAUACUUGGCAAUAUUAUAAGACAAAAUUAUGCCUGUUUGUGGUUGAUUAUCAGUGGUCUUGUAUUAGUUUAUUUUUAAAUUUUUAAUUAUUUUAUCUUCUUAAGAUAUCAGACAACUGUUUUGUACAGCCCUGCGAUUUUUAAGUGUAAAGUUACCAAUGUGUAAUUUGUGGAGGUUUAUGUUGUAGUAGUAUUAUACACUGGAAGUCUGACUUGUCCUUCCCUCCUCACAUGUUCAUGACCUAAUGUUAAUGGAGGAGGAAACGGUAAAGAGCAAUAUAAUGGUGUGACUGUGUAGCGUGAUAUUAAUUUCUAUGUGUUCAAACCUCACCAGGAACCCUUUUUAGGACACAGUCAAAUUUAGCUGUCUUUUAACUGGUCUCACUUUAUCAAAGUUCCAAUGAAUCUGACCCACUCAAGCAGCAGCACUCAAAGAAAGGGUGUUUUCCGUGCAAUUGGGUGGGCACUUGCAAAAUAUUCCUAUUGAAUCACGUAAUCUAUGGUGGCGAUAUAUGGUUAGGAUGGAAACAUAAUUGCCUUAAAAACUGGUCAUCCCUGUGCAGGUGACAAAGAUGUAGUCAUUGUAACUGUUGCUGUACUCUUACUUUAGCCAGUGUAUUAGCCUCACCCACAUACUAUAAAUGAGUAAUGCAUAAUGAAAAUACUUAUAUUAGUAAUAAUACUGAUACAAAAACACCCAGGCCUCUGGAAAUUACUCCUUUGGCUUGUUAUUAAAACCUUCUCUUCACCAUUUUUUAAAAAUAUUUUCUGUUCCUUACUUAUGUGUACAUGUGGAUUACAUCCAUGUCUGGCCUCUGCAUACUAUUGUCUGACUGUGCAAAUCUCCUGAAAAGGCAGUGCACCAAGUAAAAGUGGCAUGACCUGACCAUUACUAACUUUGACCUUUGUCUUGUAUUUCCACCCCCUAUGAAAUAAAAUGUCAGCCAAAUGGACCCCA